AUGCAGCCCAAACGCUGCCUCUUCUCUCCGGCCCACGCCCUCUAUCGAGUUUUCCUCUCACCUCUCGACAACCCAUCCACAACGGCAGCGCAUCGCAACACAUUCUUCCUCCGCCCAGCUACCUACCACCUCUCCCCGCGGCUCUUCACAACCACGGCGCGCCUCGCCCGCAUCGGCCACAAGGGUCCCCAAGUCAAGACGCCCAAACCAAAGACUUUCCGGUUUCCGUCCGAUUUCGCUAUUCCGUUUAAAUACGUCCGCGUCGCCAGCCCCGAUGGAUUACUGUCGGAGCCCCAGCGCUUGCGCGAUGUUAUGGGUCAGCUUGAUUUGAGCAAGUACAAGUUGCAGAUGGUUGCGCCGCCGCCGCAGCCGAAGAGCACUGCUGAGGCCGCGGAGGAGGGGAAUGAGGAAGAGGAGGGGGUGAUGAACCCUCUCGAGCCCAACUCCCGUCCCGCUCCUGCUGAGGAAGCCAGCUGGGACACAAUUCCCACCACAGAAGAAACCUGGGCCUCGUCCUCGUACACCACCAGUAGCUCCUCCUCCUCCUCCCUCGACGCCUUCUCCGCCGACCCCUUCGCACGCCCCGACCCCCCCGCGCCCAUCUGUCGUAUAAUGGAUAAGCACGCCGCAGCCGCAAAGCUAGAGCAACAAAUGAAGGAAGCGCGGAAGAAAUCGGUCGCCUUCAAAGAACUCGAACUUAACUGGGCCAUUGCCGAGAAUGACCUGGGGUAUAAGCUGAAGCAGCUGAGGAAAUUCUUUGAGAAAGGCAUGAAAGUUGAGAUCAUGCUGGCGAAGAAGCGGCAGGGCAGGGCAGCGAGUAGGGAGGAGGGGGAUGCGUUGUUGGAGAGGUUGAGGGAGGCGGCUAGGGAGGUGGAGGCGAAGGAGACGAAAUGUGAGGGGAAGUUUCCGGGGGUGGUAAGAGUUACGUUUGAGGGGAAAGAGAAAUAA